UCUCUCCCUCGUGCGCCAGACUGACAAAGACAGAAAGAGAUUCAGAGAGAUCAGAGCUUUUUCAAUGGCGGCAGGAGGAGGAGGAGGAGGAGGAGGAGGAGGAUCAUCGUCUGGACGAACUCCAACGUGGAAGGAGAGGGAGAACAAUAAGAGGAGAGAGAGGAGAAGAAGAGCCAUCACGGCAAAGAUUUACUCUGGUCUCAGGGGACAAGGUAACUACAAGCUUCCUAAGCACUGCGAUAACAACGAGGUUCUUAAAGCUCUUUGUCUCGAAGCUGGUUGGAUCGUCGAAGACGAUGGCACCACUUAUCGCAAGGGGUCUAAGCCAAUAGCUUCAGACAUGUUAGGAACUCCGACAACAUUCAGCACAAACUCUUCAAUCCAAGCAAGUCCACAAUCAUCUGCUUUCCCAAGCCCUGCACCUUCUUACCAUGGAAGUCCCGUCUCAUCUUCCUUCCCUAGCCCAUCUCGUUACGACGGUAACCCUUCCUCGUACCUUCUACUCCCUUUCCUACACAACAUCGCUUCUUCCAUUCCAGCAAACCUUCCUCCUCUUAGAACAUCAAACAGUGCUCCUGUAACUCCGCCUCUGUCCUCUCCUACUUCUCGUGGUUCGAAGAGGAAACUCAUGACGCAACAGUUACCGAGACAUCCGCUUCUUUUCGCUAUCUCAGCUCCAUCUAGCCCUACACGCCGUGCUGGUCACCAGACACCGCCUACUAUACCGGAGUGUGACGAGUCCGAAGAGAGUUCGUUCGAGGAUUCAGGAAGGUGGAUUAAUUUUCAAUCUACAGCUCCUAGCUCCCCAACGUUUAAUCUAGUGAAGCAAACAUCUAUGGUUAUUGACAUGAAGAGAUCAGACUGGGGGAUGUCAGGAAUGAAAAUUAACGGUUCGGAGUUUGAGUUUGAGAAUGGAACUGUUAAGCCAUGGGAAGGUGAAAUGAUUCAUGAAGUUGCCGUAGAAGAUCUUGAGCUCACUCUCGGUGGCACUAAAGCUCGAUGCUGAGAAAACUAAAUAUAAGUUUGAAUAUUGUACAGGAGCUAGCAUGGCUGAGGAAUGUCAAAGCAAGGGUCGAACCUUUUAGAUACCGUUACCAUUCUCCAUUUAUACUUUAAAUGUUUUCUUUUGUGAUGGUAAUGUUAUUGGAGAUGUAAUGUAUGCUUGGUCACAGGAUAAUAAAUGGGUUUUUGAUAAUACAAGGUGUUUUGAGGAUAUGAUAAUAUUCAUAUAUUUUUUCUUUUA